CCUGAGUAUUUCGUUUUGAUGGGAUAGUUUUGAAGUGAUCUAUGGUUGACCGCCUGGUGCCUCCUACAAAAGCUGAGCGCGGCGUACCUCCCCUCCUUCUCUUAUCCAUUACAUCUCCAACCAUAGAGCCGUCGCAAUGCCUUCCGUCAAUUCUGGGCGCCGUACCCUACUCCGCUACUUCAGCCACUGCGUCCUCUCUCUGCUCUCCGUCGCCGCCUACCGAACGAUAUCAGCGCACUCAGCCCUCCGGGUGCUAUACAUCCUCCUCGGCCUUCCACUCGCCAGCGCCGUCAUCCAAGUCAUAUGCAUAUGCUCCAACAAGAAGCCAUCGGCGCACUGCUACUCCAUGCCACUCCUAGCCUUAACGGUCGCGCUCGGCCACAUCGCCGGCCUGAUCCAGCAAUCCGCCCACGCCUCGCCGCGGCCGCACGCACAGGCAUGCGCAAUCCGCUUCGCGCUUUCCUUCUUCCUCGUCUCCGAAAGCGAGCUCUACCGCCUCUACUACGCCCAGCUCGGCCGGACGGCACGCGGCGCCGAGGUCCUGAGCGCAACGACGUCAACAGCGGGCCGCAUCCUGCUCUCGCUCGACCGCGCAAAUGCGGACUCCGAGUUCUGCGAGCGCAGCGACGUGUUCAACUACGAGGUCGGCGUCCCCGCCUAUCUACGCGGUGCCGGCACCUUUGCUGUCUUCCGCGAUUGGAAGAGCGGCGUGCCGAAGAUGCUGUCGCUCGUUCUCUUCUACGCGGUGAACGGCUGCUUCUGCUAUCCGGUCAAGGCUUUGCUCAAUCUUGGUCCGGGUCCGCCGGGCGCGGACUUGUUCGUUGUGGCGACGGGACGGGAUGUUUUGUUUACUACGGAUAAGACGUGGCUGAUGUUUUUGGGGUGGUUUGUUCUUCUUAGGCCGGCAAGGUUGUUGAAUGUGAUUUUGUUUUGGGCUGUGGUGGAUGUGGAGGGGAGUGGAUUGGCGGGGACGUAUGAACGGAGGUGAGGAUGUGUGGUGUGGAGUUCGGUGCCGAGGGGAUUGGGCACUUUGCUUCCUGCAAGUUUAUUCUGAUAACAUUUGUAGCAACAUUUCUUAGGGGGAGAUUAUGGAGUUCGA